GAUUUUCCAAAUUUGAAAUCCCAAUAGGUCCCCUCCGAACGCGGAAUUCUGAACGAGCCCAAACAGAAGCGCCGGAGCCGCCGCCGCCGAGCCGACCAGUCCCCCGGCGAACUCCGGGAUGCCGCUGAAGAGGGGCACCCCGCCCGCGGCCGCCUUCGAGUACUGCGAGCUGUGCCGCCGCAACCACGACCAGGGCCGGCGGCACCGCUACUUCCCCGCCCACCGCGCCGCCCUCGCCGCCGCGCUCUCCCGCUUCCGCUCCAAGCUCUCCGAUCUGCGCCGCGCCCUCCGCCGGCCUCCCUCCUCCGUGGCCCGCUCCCGCCUCUGGUGCCCCUUCUGCUCCGCCGACCUCGUCGACCUCGAUAGCCGCUUCGCUUGUAGCAAUGUUAUUUAUCAUCUCGCAAGCCAGGAUCACCUGAAUGGCGUGAAGGAUUUCCUCCGAAAGCACGGGGGUGGGAUGGAUCAGGUGGAUUCAUUUAGGAUUUCAGAGGAUGAGCUUGCUAAGUGGGAGAAGUGCUGCGAGUCCUCGAGUACAAAACCAGAGCCAUUGACUGAAGGGUUGAUUGGACCAUCUCUGGGGCCACUGGAAGUGAAAGAUAUCCGAAACAAAUCUACCUCUAAACAUUUGGAUAAUUUUGUAGACAUCCCGUCUUCUAGUAAUACUGUAUCUAAUGUUGUUAUGCCUUUACAAAGUCCUACUAAUGGGGCACACUACCCCAAUAGUACAGCAUGCCAUGGAUCUUCCUCUUUCGGAAGUACUCUGUGUUCUUCUCCAUUUGAGACUUUUGGAGUGCCCAUCACACCUUGUGGAUUGGUUGUGUCACAUGAACAGCAGUCUAUGCUGGGUUCAAACUUAUUUCACAAUGCAAGCACAAAAAUGAAAGGUGCUCAACCUACUAUCCUUGGAAAUGGACCAAAUUCAUCGAUUUCUUUUUCUGUUCAUGUUCAACAGAGAAACUCUGGUGGAAAUUCUGGUCAGGGCUUGAAAGCAAAUGUGCACACCGGUGCUCCUCCACCCUGGUUAGAAGCUAGUGAGCGUGAUCAGGAGAAUGAUUCACUUGGUUGUUAUGCUCGUACAUCCUCUCGGAAAGGAAAAUCAGGAAAGCUUAACCCAAAUCGUGUUGGAGCUGCAUGGGCAGAGAGGAGAAGAGCCGAAAUGGAGAUGGAAAAGCGAGGUGAACUUGUUCCAGAAACAUCUGAUUCUAGCUGGCUCCCUAACUUUGGUAGUGUUUGGCAAUCUGGUACGAGAAAGGAAUCAAGGAAAGAGUUCGAGAAAAACCAUAAGUCUAACGACGAGAAGAGUAGCAAGUUGUCUAUUGAGAUUAAACCAUAUAUUAGCAAACGGAUGCGUUCAGAUUGCAAUAAAGAUGAACAGUCAGACAUAGUUGUAGAACAGUGAGUAGUUAUACAUUGUCUGGCCGGAUGAUUUUGAUUGUGGUCACCUGUUUUCUGUUGUUUUGCUAGGACACAGCAGCCUGUCUUUUUGGGGAUCCAAGACUUUGAAUUGUGUUGCGGUUGCUGAAAAGGGUCGAUGUUAUUGCCACAUUCCUAAAAAGGAUGAUAUUGGGUGGAAUGCCGAGCAAGUGUAAUAAAAGAAGGAAGCAUUUCUUUCCAAGAAGAGUUGUCCUCUGAGGUCCGGAAUGUUGGUUGGUGCGUUCAACUGUGUGGAGAUACGUUCAGUGUCGCUGCAACGUUCUCACUACUUGAUGUCCUUGCAUUUGCACAUGCUCAGCUUAUAUGCCCGUGCAUUUGCUCCUGACCAGAGAACAUAGAAAGCCUUGAACAGGGAUAAAUAAAUCUGGAGUAUAUCAAUAUGAUAGUACUUGUAGCUAUCCAGUUGAUUAGAUUGAUUGCUACCAGAUGGUAAUCCUGUCAAGAUUUCAUCUCUGAUUUCCCUGAGCUAAUUGGAGCAAGCCGUGGCUGUCAGUGUCAGUGCAACUGGAUUUUUCCCUAUCAGACGAGGUGAAGCACAAAGCUGGCAUAAUGUUGUUGUAAACUGUGGUAAAACCAUCAGCACUUCAGAGGUAGUACUAAGAGCCAUGGAGGUUGGUUGUCGGCAAAGCAAGGUAGUAGGCUGGUCUGUCUUUUUGUAUGUGCUGUUUCCUCUCUCUGUGCAGCCACAACCUGCAAUCGCUGGCGCACAGUGCUGUCUUAAGGGGGGGUGAUUAAUGUGCCAAUCUCUGGUCCCAAAAUCCCUCCCAUUCUGUUCUUUGUUGCA